UUAAUAUCUUAUGGCAUCUUGGUAAGAGCAUUUCGUGAAUAAAAAUAGUAGAAUCCCAAUUGAUCGAACGGAAAAGGUGGAGAAGAACCGCGCAAUCAGAGAUUGAACCUGCACUAUGAAGGGUCUGGGAACAAACGCCGGAGGAAUUUAGCAGUGACAGAAAGGUCUUCGGGGAGAGGGCGCUCAAUCGCCAUUCCUCCUCGAUCGCCAUCCCUUUCAUUUUAUAUAGUUGGAGUCGAUUUAGACUAGAUUUUUGUACUCUGAACCGUCACAGAUCGCAACGAAACACUUACAUUGAGGCAAUUUUAAGUAGAUUAUAGAUCCUCGGUUCUCCAAAGUUUGCCAAAUCUUGGAGUCACUGUGAUUCGAAUUAUGGUUUUGGAGGGAGAGAUGGUACUCAUCGAGCAAUAUGAAAGGUCGAUUGCCUCUUGCGAUAUCGGAUGAUUACGCGAGGCUGGAUACGACCAUCUGUGACGAGCUUAUCGAGAUCGUCGCAGUCUUCUACUGGUAGAUAGCCGUAGUGGAUUUAUGGAUUGCAAGCGGAGGAGGCGAUCGGAGUUAGGGACUUCUGUUUCGGCUCACCUGCGGGCAAGCAGUGCAUGCCUGUGAUUUGCUGGCGAACAAGAAUUUUUCGGAGAAGGAUUCGAGCAUAGCAUCAUGGAGGUGGACUCCCUUGUGCGGGACGAGAGAUGCAGUAGUGUCCAGCAAGGGGUGCACUUGAAUUAUAGUGAAGAUGUUUGAGCUUGGGCGCUCCACAUGCUUAGUAAGUAUUACAGGGCUAGAGGGGUAUUCCCCAGAGGCGGAAAGAUCUCGAGAGAAUCGUCCAAUUCGUCUACUGUUCUUAGUUACGUGUGGAUCAGCUUACAGACAAGGCGCUGUCUCCUUUUAAUAAGUCGGCUGCAGCGCUGGGGUGAUAAUUAUCGGAGGAGGGACGUGACUGGACUUAAAGAUUUCGGUCUCUUAGGGCGAGUUAUGGAGCGAACAGGCUUAGGGCAGCUGAGGAAUGUGAGAUUAGUGGUAGUUUUAUUAGGAGUCUUCAAUGUGGCCGUCAUCGUGGCUGGUGGGCUUGUGGCAGUGGGUGCUUCAAAUGCAAAUUGCCCUCACAAUAUCCUUAUGGCUUCUAUUGUGAUGGCACUGGUUGCUUUGUUUCGUGUAAUCUGGAUUAUUGGCAUGGGUUUUGCUCAAGCAGUAACUGCAUCCACGAUGAUUGCUGUGGAGGAUUCCAAGGCUUCAAGAUCUCCUGCUGAUGAAAGCUGCUCCAGACGUGAACGUCGAAGGUGGUACAGGCGCUGGUUAUGGUGGAGUCGACUUGGUAUUACAAUGACCUUUCUCCAAGUGAUGAGCACUGCUUACCUUACAUUGAUUCUUGGAAGGAAUUUAUCUACGCAAAGUAAUCACGUAUCAUUUUGCUCAGUUGAUGGUCGAAACGAACAAAGAUGGCUUGUGGCUUUGAUGGUUGGUUUACCAACUCUGGGAAGUAUCAUAGUGUUUGCUCAGUGCUGUGUCGGAUCAGAUGUUUUAGCUUGGAGGUUGUUGUAUGGAGCACACUAUGGGGCAUGGAGAGCUCACUACCGCCAAAUGUUCGACUAUGGCAUCCGUGAAGUUCUCUGUUGUUUGGGAAGAAGGCGGUACAUGAGUGUACUGGAAGAAGAUGAAGUUGAUUCUGUUGCAGCCCUUCUUGGAGAUCUGGUGGCAUAUCGUGCCGUUGGUGCAAGUCACUUGGAGGUCAUUGCCGGUGUGGCCCUGUUGAGAGAAAGUGCUCCAGCUGAAGACGCAAAUGAAAAUUUAUUACCCGCUCCUGAUCCUCUUAUUCGUGAGGCCACUGUCCUUCAUCCCUACGCCGUGGCUGCAUAUACGGGUCCUCUACUGGAUGUCGGGCGCAACCCUUUUACAUUUCCUUGUGCCUGGCUUUAUCGGCAGGGAGUAUUGACCCCUUGGAAGCGAAACAGAAUGCCAAAACUGGAAGGGGAUAAUUGGUGGAGAGGGCAUGCUGCCGCCUUUCUGAGAUUUGCGCAGAUUCCUCCCGAGGCCCUUCGUAAAGGAAGGGUUUUACAGACAAAGAGGGAGUCUGUGUACUUCGUUGUGGUACUCCAUCACCUGCGCUACGUGGUAGUCGCAGUUCGUGGAACAGAGACACCAGAAGAUCUCUUAACAGACGGUCUAGGGAGAGAGAGUGCGUUGAUGGACUCAGAUUUAUGUGGAAUUCUCAAGAACAACACAGUGUCGGAUAGGGUAAAACAGGAUGUACAGGCUACCAUGCCCCAUUUUGGACACAUCGGUGUGAUUGAGGCAGCCCGAGAACUUGCAUUGGAACUUGACAAUCUACCCGAUGCAGAUGACGAAGAAAACGCACAGAAUGGGUCCUCAACUAGCAAUGACUGUAACAAAAACAACAACAGAUCUACGGCAGGAGGUUGUCAGGCUUCGUUGUUGACAGAGAAGAAAGGGCUUCUUACUUCAUUGCUUGGACCUGGGGGUGAAUGCCAAGGAUAUUCUCUCAGGAUAGUGGGCCACUCACUGGGUGGCGCGAUAGCGGCUCUGACUGGCUUAAGGCUUGCCAACCGAUACCCAAGUUUGCAUGUGUACACUUUUGGGGUGUUGCCCUGCGUUGACCUGGUUACUGCGGAAGCUUGCUCAAGUUUUACUACCAGUAUAAUUUAUAAUGAUGAAUUUUCAUCACGACUCUCAGUAGCAGCAAUUAUGAGGUUACGUGCAGCUGCAUUGCAAGCUUUGGCAACAGAUGCAAACACAGAUUCAGCUCUGGUUACCAAGCUUACAAAGCGGCUCUUUACUUCUUCGUCUUCUAAAGAUACACAAUCAGGGAAAAGCGAACACUCGCAACGAAGGCGUCGACGAGUGGCCCAUGCUCUCAAAGGCAGUGAAAAUUAUGAUGAAGAUGAGGCAGAAGAUCUUGUCGAAUGUAGUGGAACAGGCAGGCUUGAAAGAGAUGUCGCAGUCGACGGAUCAGGAGAUGCACGUAGUACUAUGGAGCUGCUUGAUAACGGAAUGCCUAAGCAUUUGGUGGGUUUGGGUCCUGGAGUUGACCUGCAAGAGAUGUGGCCGGCAGAAAUGUAUGUUCCCGGUCUGGUCCUACAUCUUGUCCGAAAUACCGGCAACAGUAGCUGGUCUGCGCUUAGAAGGUCUUUCACCUUCGCCAGAAAUCCAGAUCUUCCUAAAAGACCAAAGCAUAAAGCUUAUCUGAAGGAUCGCAAGCAAUUCAGAGAUAUCCUAGUAUCUCCCGCUAUGUUUUUAGAUCAUAUGCCAUGGAAGUGCCAAUAUGCAUUGAAUGAUAUCUUAGAGCAACUGAAUGCUGAAAGACAGAGACAGGCAGUUAGUUCUCCCGGAUCCAGUGUUGUCUGAAUACUGGCGGGAAGAAUUAUUUAACUUCAGGUUGGAGGCGAUUCGAAUGUUCCUCAUUUCAAUGUAUCAGACUAAACAACAGCUCAUGAAAGUAUACUCAUAAAGCGGAUUCAAAUUCUGGGGAGUUAACGACGCUGCCUUUUUGUGUCUCACGGAAGAAUUGAGCUCAGAUUCUCAGAGGAAUGGGCAGAGUCAGCUGGAUCUUUGUAUCUGUAAUGCCGGUUUGCCCUCAGCCUGCACUCUACCUAUGACGUACGAUACAUCCUGUUGUGUGAGAUGCUUGUCUUACUGCGAAGCAGCUCAGAGCCAAGCUGAUACAAGCUGACCAAGUUUUGCAAAAGGACUUCAGUUUGUCAAAUUCCCUGCAUCCGGCCGUUCAUUCUCCAUGAUGCAGAUCUCGUGUACAUCAUCAGAAGAGGGGCAGAAUCAAUCUGUCCUUGUAUAACAGAAUCAGCAUGUGCAGAGCGUAAUGUACGCGACCUCAAAGAGCAGAGACAACUCGUCAUGAAGGCCAUCUAGACAAGAAAAGGGAGGAUACAAGUAUGUUGGCUAUCGUAGAGAUGAUCAUGGUCUGAGGCCUUAAAAACUACAGAGACUGCCAAAGUUCAGAUUAAAGAAUCUUUGGCAUCGCAAUACCUGCGAAGGUUAUCAUCAGGGAAGAGUCUUACAGGAGCGAAGAUGUUCUCCCAUCCACUUUUCAACUGGAUGGGGGAACAUCUUUGGUUCAAGUUCGGACGUGCGCUGGAGUCGUCUUUUAAAGGUCAAUGGAUAUUCUAAGGCUUCUUCUCAUCAGUGACGGUGAUAACGGUUGAAGAGCCGUCUAAACGGAUGUUUUCUUGUCACAAUAGUUAUUUCUUUGAUCUGAAAUUUCUCCACAGCCAAAUCGAUUUGCUUGCCUGACUUUAGUCAGUCUUCGAGCCCAGAAGCAGGCUUGAGUGAGGAACGCAGUCAGUCAAAGCACAUAUGGCGCUGCAUGCAUUGUAACAUUUGGUUUAAAACUAGCAAUGGACUUUUACGAGGUCCUGUGAUUGUAUACUUGCGGUUCGAUCUUGUGUCAGGAGAUGACUUAGAAAGAGAUUCGACUAAGAUAUUUGUGUGCAUGCAUACUGGAA